AUGUCUUCGCGCAAGAAGCUCCUGAAGGUUAUUAUUCUCGGCGACAGCGGUGUCGGCAAGACCAGUUUGAUGAACCAAUAUGUCAACAAGAAGUUCAGCGCUAGCUACAAAGCCACCAUUGGCGCAGACUUUCUCACAAAAGAAGUCCUGGUCGACGACCGACUAGUCACCAUGCAGCUCUGGGAUACCGCUGGCCAGGAGAGAUUCCAAUCGCUCGGUGUUGCUUUCUACCGUGGUGCCGACUGCUGCGUGCUCGUCUACGACGUCAACAACUCCAAGAGUUUCGACACCCUCGACAGCUGGAGAGAUGAGUUCUUGAUCCAAGCCAGCCCUAUGGACCCCGAGAGUUUCCCCUUCGUCGUGCUCGGCAACAAGGUGGAUGUAGAAGAGAGCAAGCGCAUGGUCUCAUCGAAACGCGCCAUGGCAUUCUGCCAGUCCAAGGGUGGUAUCCCAUACUUCGAGACCAGUGCCAAGGAGGCCAUCAACGUCGAGCAGGCUUUCGAAGUGAUCGCUCGCAAUGCUCUCGCUCAAGAAGAAAGCGGUGAUUUCAAUGCAGACUACCCCGAGACAAUCCCCAUCAACCUCGACAACGAGCGCGAUGGCUGCGCCUGCUAA